AUGCAGAAUGAGUUAGCUCUCCCUUCCCCGUGUGCCCAGGCGAGGAGGAGGAGGAGGAGGAGGAGGGAGGGGUCACCGCUACCCUUGUUGAGGUCUCGAAGAGCGGCCAAUCGCCAUCCCCUCUUCCCUCAAUACAAUUACCAGGUUCAGGUGGCUGAAAACCAACCUCCGGGGACCCCUGUGAUAACAAUGGCAGCUCAAGACCCCGAUUCAGGUGAUGCUGGGCGGCUAGUGUACUCCAUGGAUGCCCUGAUGAACAGCAGGUCGCUGAAGCUGUUUAGCAUAGACUCCCACAACGGCCUCAUCACCACCACUGAAGUUUUAGACAGGGAGAAUAUGGAUUUACACUACUUCCGGGUGACUGCUGUGGAUCAUGGGGUUCCCCGUCUUUCAGCCACCACCAUGGUUGCUAUCACAGUGGCAGACAGGAAUGACCAUAAUCCAGUAUUUGAGCAGAGUGAGUACAGAGAGACUAUCAGAGAAAAUGUAGAAGAGGGCUACCCUAUCUUACAGCUGAGGGCCACAGACGUGGACUCCCCGCCCAAUGCCAACAUAAGAUACCGUUUUGUAAAUGCUCAGGCAGCCCACUCUGUCUUUGAAAUAGAUUCACGGUCAGGGCUGAUCACCACAAGUGGGCAAGUGGACCGGGAGAAAAUGGAGAAAUAUUCCUUGGUGGUGGAGGCCAAUGAUCAAGGUAAAGAACCUGGUCCUCGAUCCGCCACAGUUAGAGUCUAUAUCACAGUCCUUGAUGAGAAUGACAAUGUCCCCCAGUUCAGUGAGAAGCGCUAUAUAGUCCAGGUACGAGAGGAUAUAAGACCCCAUUCAGAAAUCCUGAGAGUUACUGCCACUGACUUGGACAAGGACAAUAAUGCUUUGGUCCACUACAACAUCAUCAGUGGGAACAGCAGAGGCCAGUUUUCCAUUGACAGUGUAACGGGGGAAAUACAGGUGGUGGCUCCUUUGGAUUUCGAAGUUGAGCGAGAGUAUGCCCUGAGAAUACGUGCCCAGGAUGCAGGGCGGCCUCCUCUAUCUAACAACACAGGUAUGGUUAGCAUUCAGGUGGUGGACAUUAAUGACCACGCCCCCAUUUUUGUCAGCACUCCCUUUCAAAUAUCUGUCCUGGAAAAUGCCCCUUUUGGUCAUUCAGUAAUUCACAUCCAGGCUGUGGAUGCAGAUUAUGGAGAAAACUCUCGACUGGAGUACAAGCUUACUGGAAUCUCCUCCGAUACCCCCUUCGUGGUGAACAGUGCCACUGGCUGGAUUACUGUGAGCGGCCCCUUGGAUCGAGAGACUGUGGAGCACUACUUCUUUGGGGUAGAGGCCCGGGACCACGGCUCCCCAACUUUAUCAGCUUCUGCUAGUGUCACCAUCACUGUAAUGGAUGUAAAUGACAAUCGCCCUGAAUUCACUCAGAAAGAAUAUUUCAUCCGUCUCAAUGAAGACGCCGCUGUGGGGACCAGCGUCCUCAGCGUCACAGCCAUCGAUCGGGAUGUGAACAGUGCCAUCAGCUACCAGAUAACAGGUGGGAACACACGGAACCGUUUUGCCAUCAGCACUCAGGGGGGAGUGGGUCUGAUAACCCUCUCUUUGCCUCUGGAUUACAAGCAGGAGAGGCGCUACGUGCUCACAGUGACGGCUUCUGAUCGGACUCUGCAUGACAAUUGCCACGUGCACAUCAACAUUACUGAUGCCAACACUCAUAGGCCAGUGUUUCAGAGUGCCCAUUACUCUGUGAGUGUUAAUGAGGAUCGUCCUGUAGGGAGCACGGUGGUAGUGAUCAGUGCCACAGACGACGAUGUGGGGGAGAAUGCCAGGAUCACCUACUACUUGGAGGACAAUAUCCCCCAGUUUCGCAUCGAUGCCGACACUGGUGCCAUCACGUUACAGGCAGAGCUGGAUUAUGAGGACCAGGUCACCUAUACUCUGGCUAUUACAGCCAAAGAUAACGGGAUCCCUCAGAAAGCAGAUACAACCUACGUAGAGAUCAUGGUCAAUGACGUUAAUGACAAUGCUCCCCAGUUUGUUAGUGCUCACUAUCAAGGCAUCAUCUCUGAGGACAGCCCUCCCUUCACCAGCGUCCUUCAGAUCUCUGCCACUGACCGGGAUGCCCACGUCAACGGACGGGUGCAGUACACCUUCCAGAGUGGGGAGGAUGGGGAUGGGGACUUCACAAUAGAGCCCACUUCUGGGAUUAUCCGCACUGUCCGCAAGCUGGACCGUGAGACCAUCCCUGUCUAUGAACUCACUGCGUAUGCUGUGGACAGGGGAGCCCCACCUCAAAGAACUCCUGUCCAUAUUCAAGUCACCAUCCAAGAUGUCAAUGACAAUGCCCCUGUCUUUCCAGCGGAGGAGUUUGAGGUCUUAGUGAAGGAGAACAGCAUUGUGGGUUCCGUCGUGGCUCAGAUUACAGCCGUCGAUCCCGAUGAGGGACCCAAUGCCCAGAUCAUGUAUCAGAUUGUUGAAGGCAACAUCCCGGAAAUUUUUCAGAUGGACAUAUUUUCAGGUGAGCUCACUGCCCUGAUCGACCUGGACUAUGAGACUAAGUCGGAGUACGUCAUCGUAGUUCAGGCAACCUCCGCCCCCCUCGUCAGCAGAGCCACCGUUCACAUCAAGCUCAUUGACCAGAACGACAACAGCCCCGUCCUUAAAAACUUCCAGAUCCUCUUUAACAACUACAUCUCCAACAAGUCCAACACCUUCCCUUCGGGGGUGAUAGGAAGGAUCCCCGCUUAUGACCCAGAUGUGUCUGACAGACUCUACUACACCUUUGAACGAGGAAACGAGCUGCACUUGUUGAUUGUCAACCAGACGAGUGGGGAACUCCGCCUGAGCCGCAAGCUGGACAACAACCGCCCUUUGGUGGCCUCCAUGCUGGUGACUGUCACAGAUGGGAUCCACAGCGUCACAGCCCAGUGCGUCCUGCGGGUCAUUGUAAUCACUGAGGAUAUGUUAGCCAACAGCAUCACUGUGCGUCUAGAAAACAUGUGGCAAGAGCGGUUCCUCUCACCACUUCUAGCCAGUUUCUUAGAGGGUGUGGCCACAGUGCUAGCCACGCCCAAGGAGGAUGUCUUCAUCUUUAAUAUUCAGAACGACACCGAUGUUGGAGGCCAAGUGUUGAAUGUCAGUUUCUCGGCAAUGGCGCCUCGUGGGGGCCACUUCUUCAGCUCUGAAGAACUUCAGGAGCAACUGUACAUGAAGCGCAUGACCCUGACCUCUGUCUCCAUGCUGGAGGUGCUGCCCUUUGAUGAUAAUGUUUGCCUUCGUGAACCUUGCCAGAAUUACAUGAAGUGCAUCUCAGUGCUCAAGUUUGACAGCUCAGCUCCCUUCAUCGCCUCCCCCUCCACCCUCUUCCGACCCAUCCACCCUAUUACAGGCCUGCGAUGCCGGUGCCCCCAAGGAUUCACUGGGGACUAUUGUGAAAUGGAGAUCAACCUCUGCUAUUCCAACCCUUGCCAAAAUGGAGGUGUCUGCACCCGCAAGGAAGGUGGUUACACCUGCAUCUGCCGCCAGCAUUUCACAGGUGACAAUUGUGAAGUGGACAGCCGGACAAGCCGCUGUGUCCCUGGCGUGUGCAGGAAUGGAGGCACCUGUACCAACUCUGCAGAUGGCGGCUUCCUGUGCCAGUGCCCACCCGGGGGCUUCGAAAAGCCUUACUGUGAAGUAUCCACACGCUCCUUCCCCCCCAAGUCUUUCAUCAUGUUCCGAGGGCUGCGCCAGAGGUUCCACCUCACCCUCUCCCUCUCAUUCGCCACCUUAGAGGACAGUGGUCUCCUAAUCUACAAUGGGCGUCUGAAUGAGAAGCAUGACUUCCUGGCUGUAGAGAUUGUGGACGGGCAGGUGCAGCUGAAGUACUCCACAGGUGAGUCAAGCACUGUGGUUACCCCGCAUGUGCCAGGAGGUGUGAGUGAUGGGCAGUGGCAUACAGUGCAGCUUCAUUAUUACAACAAGCCCAAGAUCAGCUCCCUGGGUUCAGUUCAGGGGCCUUCCAAAGACAAGGUGGCAAUCCUAAUGGUGGACAAAUGUGAUGCAUCUGUGGCACUGCAGUUUGGCAACGAGAUUGGGAACUACUCCUGUGCAGCAGAAGGGGUUCAGUCCAGUUCCAAAAAAUCGCUGGACCUCACUGGGCCCUUGCUCCUUGGAGGGGUCCCCAAUCUGCCUGAGAAUUUUCCUGUUGAGCACAGGGAGUUUGUGGGGUGCAUGAGAGAUCUGUACAUUGACAGUAAACGCAUUGACCUGGCUUCCUACAUUGCAAACAAUGGGACUUCCACAGGUUGCCAUGCCAAGCACUCCUUCUGCGAUUCAAACCCUUGCAAGAACAGCGGCACCUGCACUGUGGGCUGGUCCACCUUCACCUGCAAGUGCCCCGUAGGCUUUGGAGGCAAGGACUGCCAGCAUGUCAUGCACCAUCCUCACCGUUUCCAAGGCAACAGCAUCCUUUACUGGGACUUCAAGAAUGAAGUGAAAAUCUCCACUCCCUGGUAUAUGGGCCUAGCAUUCCGGACACGCCAACUGGAGGGAGUGUUGCUUCAGGCUCAUGCAGGCCAGUACACCACCCUACUGUGCCAGCUGGACUCCGGCCUGCUCUCCUUCAUGGUGAACAGGGGCUCCGGGCGUAUCACCAAGCUCCUCGUGGACCACAUGCAGCUGAAUGAUGGGAAAUGGCAUGACCUACAACUUCAGCUACAAGAUGUACGCGGCAGCCGAGAGACACGCUACAUCAUCACUCUCAAUCUGGACUUUGGACUCUACCAGGACACCAUAGCUGUUGGAAAUGAGUUGCAUGGUCUGAAAGUUAAGCAUCUCCAUGUUGGGGGAAUCUUUGAUUCUGGUAAAGUGCAUCGUGGUUUGGAGGGCUGCAUCCAGGGAGUGCACCUAGGUGACACGCCCACAGGGAAUGCGUUAGUUAAGCCCAGCAGCACUUUGAACGUGGAGGCAGGGUGCACUGUGGCCAACCCUUGUGACUCCAGUCCUUGUCCAGACAACAGUAUAUGCCAGGACAAGUGGCAAACCUAUUCUUGUGUGUGCCAGCCAGGCUACUAUGGUGAGAGCUGUGUUGAUGCCUGCCAUCUGAACCCUUGCAAGAACAAGUCAGUGUGUCGACGAAAGCCAGGUUCACCCCAUGGCUAUGUCUGUGAGUGCGGAGAAAACUACUUUGGACAAUAUUGUGAGCACAGGAUGGACCAACAAUGCCCCAAGGGCUGGUGGGGAAACCCAACAUGUGGACCCUGCAACUGUGAUGCAGCCAAAGGAUUUGACCCAGACUGUAAUAAAUCCAAUGGGCAAUGUCGUUGUAAGGAAUUCCAUUAUCGUCCCAAAGGAAGUGACACCUGUCUUCCCUGUGACUGCUAUCCCAUUGGCUCCUCCUCCCGUUCCUGUGAUCAGGAAACGGGCCAGUGCCACUGCAGGCCAGGUGUGAUUGGCCGACAGUGCAACAGUUGUGACAGUCCUUUUGCAGAGGUGACUCCCAGUGGUUGUCAGGUGCUCUACGAUGCAUGCCCUAAAUCUCUGAAAGCUGGAGUGUGGUGGCCCCAGACCAAGUUUGGCUUGCCAGUGGCAGUACCUUGUCCCAAAGGUUCCUUGGGUGCGGCCGUUCGGUACUGUGAUGAGGAGAGAGGCUGGAUGGAACCAGAUCUCUUCAACUGCACAUCACCCGCCUUUAAGGAGCUCUCAGCACUGCUGGAGGGUCUGGAAAGGAAUGAAACUGAACUGAAUACCAUAGAAGCCAAGAAACUGGCCCACCAGCUACGGGCAGUGACAGACCAGAUGGAGCGCUACUUUGGCAAUGAUGUUCAUAUCACAUACCGCCUGCUGUCCCGCUUGAUGGCAUUUGAGAGCAGGCAGCAUGGCUUUGGCCUCACAGCCACCCAAGAUGCCCACUUCAAUGAGAACCUGCUGAAGGCUGGCAGCUCAGUGCUAGCGCUAGAGAACCGGGAGCACUGGGACACGUUGCUACAGAACGAUCACGGUAGUGCAGGCCUGAUGGAACAGUUGAGAGAGUACACCGGCACACUGGCCAGCAACAUGAAACUCACCUACCUCAACCCUGUUGGUGUGGUAACCCCCAAUAUUGUGCUCAGCAUUGACCGUAUGGAGAAUACCACUAACACCAGGAGACGCUACCCUCGUUAUCACAGCAGCCUCUUCCGCGGCCAGGCCAUGUGGGACCCACACACCCACAUAGUCCUUACACCUCCCAAAGUAGAAGCUCCAACCACCGCUACAUCUGUAUCAGCCAGCAGUGAAACCAAUGACACCAUGGAAAGCUCCCCCCCAAAGCACUCCCUGCCAGAACCUGAGCCUGCUGUAACUAUCCUCAUCCUCAUAAUCUACCGCACACUUGGAGGGCUUCUGCCUGCCCGCUACCAGGUGGAUCGCCGCAAUCUCAGGCUCCCCAAAAACCCUGUUAUGAAUUCCCCCAUAGUGAGUGUGUCUGUGUUCAGCAAUCACACCUUUCUCCAGGGAACUUUGGAGACACCCUUAGUGCUAGAAUUCCGCCUGCUUGAGACUGUCAACCGCAGCAAGCCCCUCUGUGUUCAGUGGAAUCACUCUAGCCAAAUCGAGCCCACUGGUUUCUGGACAGCACGGGACUGUGAUCUUGUGUAUCGAAAUACCACGCACGUCCGCUGCCACUGCUCCCAGUUUGGCACUUUCGGAGUCCUGAUGGACAGCUCCCACCGAGAGCAGCUGGAGGGCGACCUGGAGACCUUGGCCAUUGUGACCUAUUCCUUGGUGUCUCUCUCCCUGGUGUGCUUGCUGCUGACCUUCUCCUUCCUGGUAUGCCUGAAAGGUCUCAAGUCCAACACUCGGGGCAUCCACUGUAACAUCUCUGUCACCCUCUUCUUCUCAGAGCUUCUCUUUCUCUUGGGCAUCAACCAAACUGAAAACCAGGUGAGAGAAAGGGGGGAGGGAAGGACCAGUUGUGGGGAAUGUGGCACUGUAUUUGUUGGACUUUCCAAAGUCAGCGGGGAUGUUAAAGAAAUCAUGUUAAGGGAGAAAUCGUUCCUCUGCACUGUGAUUGCCAUCCUGCUGCACUACUUCUUCCUCUCCACGUUUGCUUGGCUCUUUGUGCAAGGGCUCCAUAUCUACCGCAUGCAGACUGAAGUCCGCAAUAUCAACUAUGGAGCCAUGAGGUUCUACUAUGCCAUCGGUUGGGGGGUCCCUGCCAUCAUUGCCGGGUUAUCAGUUGGCUUGGAUCCAGAGGGCUACGGGAACCCAGAUUUCUGCUGGAUUUCCAUUCAUGAUAAACUGAUCUGGAGUUUUGCCGGGCCCAUUGCUGUUGUCAUUCUGAUGAAUGGGGUGAUGUUCUUGCUGGUGGCAAAGAUGCUGUGUUCCCCAGGGCAGAAGGAAACCAAGAAGAAAUCCGUUCUCAUGACGCUGCGCAGCUCCUUCGUUCUGCUUCUAGUUAUUAGCACUACUUGGCUCUUUGGCCUCUUGGCUGUCAACAACAGUGUCCUGGCUUUCCACUACCUCUACACUAUCCUCUGCAGCCUUCAGGGCUUGGCGGUGCUGGUUCUGUUCUGUGUCCUGAACGAAGAGGUGCAGGAAGCCUGGAAGCUAGCCUGCCUUGGCAAAAAGGGUCAGAGUGAGGAAGCCAACAGAGGUGGUCAGGGCCCUAAUGCCUACAACAACACAGCUCUGUUUGAGGAGAGUGGUCUCAUCCGUAUCACCCUGGGAGCUUCCACCAUCUCAUCUGUCAGCAGCGUGCGCUCAGCCCGCACCCAUUCCAGCCAGCGAGGCUACCUCAGAGAGAACAUGAUGGCACAUCAAGGCUCAGCCCUGGAUCAUAACUUGCUCAAUCAUGCCGGCCCCACAGACCUUGAUGUAGCUAUGUUUCACCGAGAUGCAGGGCCAGAUUCUGACUCAGACAGUGACCUCUCUCUCGAUGAAGAACGCAGCCUCUCCAUCCCAUCGUCAGAGAGUGAGGAGAACGUGCAUCUCCGGGGCAGGUUCCAGCGCCAGUUCAAAAGGGCAGCACACAGCGAGAGGCUUCUCACCAACCCUUCCAACACCACACCCAAAGAUGUAGAUGGCAAUGACCUGAUGUCUUAUUGGCCAGCACUGGGUGAAUGUGAAGUUCACCCCUGCUCCCUCCAGAAGUGGGGCUCAGAGAGGAAACUUGGAUUUGAUGUCAACAAAGAUGCUGCCAACAAUAACCAGCCGGACCUGGCCUUAACCAGUGGAGAUGAGAACUCCCUCACCCAGACCCAACGACAGAGGAAAGGCAUCCUGAAGAAUCGCCUCCAGUACCCUCCAGCUCUGCAAGGCCUGUCAUCCGUGGGCAGAAUGACCAAUGAGCUUUCCUGGUACAAAACAUCCACCCUGGGUCACAGGGCUGUUCCUGCGGCUUCUUAUGGCAGGAUUUAUUCUGGCACAGGCAGCCUCUCUCAGCCAGCAAGCCGUUAUUCUUCACGGGAACAACUUGACAUGCUGAUGAGAAGGCAGAUGUCCAGGGAACAGCUGAGCCGGAAUAAUUCUGGCGAGUGCCUGGAAGCCAGCAGGCAUGGGUCUCGGGAACAACUGGACACUAUUCUGAACAGGCCUGGGUCAAGGGAGCAUCUGGACACGAUCCUCAGCCAGCAUGGGUCUAGGGAGCACCUGGCAAGCAUACCCAGUAGGCAUGGGUCUAGAGAAAACCUAGGUGAAGUAGCUACUGGACAUGAUCAAAGAAUUCAUGGAAACACUCUGCCUAGGAGGCAGGGAUCUAGAGACCAUCUCAAUACUUUGCCCUGUAGGUUUGGGUCACGGGAACGGCUAGAGUGUGGUGGGGCAGUAAGAGAGAUCUCUAGAGAAUGGGUGAACACCAUGCCCAAUAGGCAAGCAUUAAGAGAUCGUAUGGACACUUUGCCAAGUCGAGACACUUCUCGAGAACAGCUGGAUUUGCUAUCUAGAAGGCAGCCUUCAAGGGACCAACUAGCGUCAGCUAGACAAAUAUCAAGAGAUCAGCUAGACGUCUUAUCCAGAAGAUCUAAUUCCAGAGAGCAUCUGGACACAGUGCCUGGCAGGCAGGCUUCUCGGGAAGACCUAGAGGGCCUUUCUAGACAGCAGCCUUCUAGAGAAAAUCUCGAACUCCUCUCCAGAGGGCUUCCUUCUAGAGAAAAUCUUGAAGCAAUUCCCAGCCGUCACCCAUCCACAGAGCAAUUAGACAUCCUUUCUUCUAUUCUGGCUUCUUUUAACUCCUCUGUCUUGUCCUCUGUGCAAUCAUCCAGUACCCCCUCAGGCCCACAGACCACACCCACACCUUCUGCGGCACAGACGUCCUCUACACCAUCCAUGCUGUGCCCUUCACCACCUCGAUCUGCCACAUCUCACAUCCUAAAACCAGCCUGUAGAUCAAGAAUGAUCAUUGACCAGGAAAUGGAGAAAAAUGAGCUUCAGUUGUACCCUCGGGAGGAGCACAGCGUGCUGAGUGAGGCUGAAUUAGAAAAGCUGGGCCUGAGAAACCAGGCGCCAUCGCCCUCCAUCUGUACCAGGAUUCAGAAGAUAAGGUGCUCGGGUUCAACUGCAAAGUCCUUGCUGUAUCAGCUGCUCCCCAUCCUGACUUGGUUACCACGAUACCCAGUCAAGGAAUGGCUAUUGAAGGACAUAAUCUCAGGAUUCAGCGUGGGAAUCAUGCAUCUUCCCCAGGGUUUGGCCUAUGCGCUUCUAGCGGGGCUGCCUCCUGUCACUGGCUUGUAUUCAUCCUUCUAUCCUGUCCUGCUGUAUUUCUUCUUUGGGACGUCUAGACACAUCUCUGUGGGUGAGCCAUGUACUCGGUCUCCCCACUCAAGCGUCUGUCUCCUUCCCGCAGGGCCGUUUGCAGUCAUCUCUGUGAUGAUUGGGAGUGUGACAGAUUCGUUGGAACCAAGCAGCAAGUAUCUGGAAAUUAUCAAUGGUACAAAUAAAACAACAAUCAUCAAUUAUGCCCUAAGGGAUGCUGCCAGGGUGGAGCUGGUGGCUGCACUCACCUUCUUGGUGGGCACGUUUCAGGUUGCCCUUGGCCUGCUGCAGUUUGGCUUUGUGGCCAUCUACCUAUCUGAACCCUUGGUACGAGGCUACACCACUGCUGCUUCUGUCCAGGUGCUGAUCUCCCAGCUGAAGUACAUAUUUGGGUUUGACGUGGAAGAAUAUUCGGGUCCAUUGUCACUGAUCUAUACUUUUGUGGAAAUCUGCAAACGAUUGCCAGAGACCAACAUUGGCACCUUGAUCACUUCAUUAAUUGCCUUGGUUUGCAUUCUGCUGGUGAAGAUGCUCAAUGACAGAUUUGCCAAGAAGCUUCCACUGCCCAUCCCUGUGGAACUGCUCACAAUCAUCAUCUCCACAGCGAUUUCCUAUGGUGCCAAACUGUAUGCAAAUUUUGGGGUUAGUGUUGUAGGUGACAUCCCCAGUGGGAUGAGACCCCCUGAAGUCCCCAAUGUAAACUAUUUUGGGAAGGUUGUGGGCAAUUCUUUUGCCAUCGCUAUGGUUGGUUAUGUCAUUUGUAUCUCACUUGGCAAGAUCUUUGCCCUCAGGCAUGGCUAUACUGUGGACAGCAACCAGGAGCUGAUAGCACUGGGGCUCAGUAACUUUGUGGGUUCCUUCUUCCAAUGCUACAGCAUCAGCUGCUCUAUGUCCCGCUCCCUAGUGCAGGAGAGCACAGGAGGCCAUAGCCAGGUGGCUGGGUUGGUCUCUUGCCUUAUCAUCCUUGCGACCAUCUUGAAGAUUGGGGAGCUUUUCUAUGAACUUCCCAAAGCUAUUUUAGCUGUCAUUAUUCUUGCUAACCUGAAGGGCAUGUUCAAACAGUUCAAAGAUAUUCCUGAACUUUGGAGAUCCAACUUUGUUGACCUGCUGAUCUGGCUUGUAACCUUUGUAGCCACCAUUGUGCUGAACCUUGACAUGGGGCUGGGGGUCGCUGUGGUCUUUUCACUUCUCACUGUUGUCUUCAGGACCCAGAUGGCCAAGUAUUCCAUCUUGGGGCAAGUGUCCAAGACAGGCAUUUACAAAGAUGUAGCUGAGUAUGACAAGGCUGAGAAGAUCCCAGGUGUGACAAUUUUUCACUCCUCUGCUACCGUUUAUUUUGCUAAUGCCGAACUGUAUGCAGGGGCCCUAAAGAAGAAGUGUGGUGUUGAUGUGGAUAACCUCAUUAAAAGGAAGAAGAAAGCUCUGAAGAAAGCAGAAAAGAAAGCCAAGAAAGAAGCCAAGAAAGAAGCCAAGAAGAAUAAGAAACUGCCCUCAACAUUGCCAUGGUAUUCAAUAUGGUCAUCUAUGAGGGAGCCAGGUGGUGAUUGCAAUGGCGGUGACAUAAUAGUGCCUGAGCAUAAUGGAAGUGUGAAGGAUUUGGAGCCUCAAAACAACAUCCAGCCACAACCUUGUUACAAACCCACCUUGGAAUCUCUGGGGGUUGAAAAACCUCCUCUUCACUCUCUCAUCCUUGACUUCACUCCUGUCAACUUUGUAGAUACUGUCUGUAUAAAGACCUUAAAAAAUAUAUUUAGAGAUUUCCGGGAGAUUGAAGUAGACGUGUAUCUUGUGGGUUGCCAUGCUUCCGUCAUAAGAGAGCUGGAAAGAGGCAACUUCUUCAGUGAAACCAUCACCAAGCACCACCUUUUUGUAUCAGUGCAUGACGCUGUUACCUAUGUCACUAGGAAACAUGGUGAACAGGAAACCAAAGGGGUAUUCAGUUAA